GACGUUGACAAGGCAAGACUGUCGUCGGUAUAUAUGCACAUUUAAACUGCGGAUAUUAUGUUAAUUAUACAUAAUUAUUUGGAAAAAUUAGAUCUUCGCAUUUAGCAUCAUAUAAAAUAUCUAACAAUAGUUUGCGUUGACAGUUGUUAGAAACGCUUUUUUGUAUUAUUAAAUGAGUAACGUUAGUUCUCAUAGUCUCAAAUAGGUCAGUGUAGGGUGCCAGAGAGUCUGUCCAGGCGGAACCGGACACUAGUCUGUCUGUUUGGUUCCGGUCAGGGAUCGGGUCCAGUAAACCCGAAUCAAAAUGGCGUCCGCCGGUCCACCCGACACGGGCUUAUCCGCCCCUCCAGAUCUGAGGACUCCAUUUUGGAGGCUGUUGGCCUCUCAGAGAGGGUCCAGCGGCGUUCGAAAGAUGACCUUGACGGAGGGGCCGGGAUCAUCUCAGAGUAUGAAGAAGACUAUUGGUCACAGAGGAGUUGACCCCACAGGAGAAACAACUUACAAAAAGACAACCUCCUCCGCCCUCAAAGGUGCCAUCCAGCUGGGAAUCGCACACACGGUGGGCAGCCUAAGUCAGAAAGCAGAGAGAGAUGUUCUCAUGCAGGACUUCUAUGUAGUAGAGAGCAUUUUCUUCCCAAGUGAAGGAAGUAAUUUGACUCCAGCACAUCACCACGGUGACUUCAGGUUUAAGACCUACGCUCCCAUCGCCUUCCGCUAUUUCAGAGAACUCUUUGGCAUUCGACCUGAUGAUUAUCUGUACUCUCUGUGUAAUGAUCCUUUGAUCGAAUUGUCCAACCCUGGAGCAAGUGGAUCGAUAUUUUAUGUGACAAGCGAUGAUGAGUUCAUUAUUAAAACAGUGCAGCACAAAGAGGCAGAGUUUCUGCAGAAGCUGCUGCCCGGGUACUUCAUGAAUCUGAAUCAAAACAAGAGAACGCUGCUCCCGAAGUUUUACGGCUUGUACUGCGUGCAGGCGGGCGGAAAGAACAUCCGUAUCUGUGUAAUGAAUAACCUGUUGCCCCGCAGUGUGCCUAUGCACCUCAAAUAUGACCUGAAGGGCUCCACGUACAAGCGACGUGCCUCCCCUAAAGAGAGAGAGAAAAGCGUUCCCACUUACAAAGAUCUGGAUUUCAUCCAGGAUAUGCCUGAGGGGAUCCAGCUAGAACCAGACAACUAUAACGCCCUCAGCAAAACCAUCCAGCGGGACUGCCUGCUACUGCAAAGCUUUAAGAUUAUGGACUACAGUCUGUUGGUGGGGAUCCAUAACUCAGAUCUGGCAUCUCGUGAGCGAGCUGGGGCAGUAGAGAGCGGGGGGUCCGAUGGGGCCGUAACGCCAGACCACAGGAGGCCGCAGGCUCAGAAAGCUCUCUACAGCACUGCUAUGGAGUCUAUACAGGGAGAGGCCAAAGGCAAAGGAACCCUGGAAACAGAGGACCAAUGGGGAGGAAUCCCUGCACGCAACAGUAGAGGAGAAAGAAUACUGAUUUAUAUUGGAAUCAUCGACAUAUUGCAGUCAUACAGAUUUAUUAAAAAAAUAGAACAUUCCUGGAAGGCCUUAGUUCAUGAUGGGGACACGGUCUCUGUACAUCGGCCUGGAUUCUACGCUGAGCGAUUCCAGCGUUUCAUGUGCAACACAGUUUUUAAGAAAGCACUAAAAUCAUCUCCCUCAAAGAAGAGUCGAAGUGGCUGUUCGAGUGUUGUGAGACGACUUCCAAUGGGAAGCACUGCUUCUGCACCCAGUGGACAGACAGUCGCUGACGCCAGAUUGACGUACCGUACUCACUUUAACCAGGUUGAUACAGAAGGAGAGAGUGGCAUGCAGUCGGGCAGACCAGACCUGCUCCCACAAACCGAUCCUUUGGCUGGAAGUUCCAGUGAAUUUGCGGCAACAAAUCUCCCCAACUCCUUAUCUGGCAGCAUAGGAAUGACAUCUUCACCACCUCAAAGGUCAGUAGGGGUGGAAGUGCACAAAUCUGCAGUCAUUGAGCCUGACAACAGCGCCCCUUACAGCACUGGAGCCGAAUACUUAGAUGAGCAGUUAAGCAACGAAGAUGCCAUUUCACUCAAAGACAUCAUCCCAGAAACUGACAUUUGUUUUUAAGAGCAGAGCGAUGACUGACGACAGGAGCGGAGCAUUUAAAUGAGAGAUGGACACAGAACCUCAAAAGAGAUGAGGGGCGCUUCUGAGCGCUGAUAUGAUGGGGAUUUUCUCUCAGUGGAAGCUUCAGAAGGAACUCCAGGUCCUCAGCACAAUGAAAUAAGUUUUAAAAGUGAGUGAUAGAGAAAAUGAAGGAAAGCCACUGAGCAAGGAGUUGUACAGUUUUAGUGGCUUUUUCUCUUUCUCUUGCACAGGAAAUGCUGCUAAAACUAAUUUUAACCACAAAACUAUUGGAAAAGUGAUGUUGGUAUCUCAGUCACACUCUUUACUGCCUUUGUUAUCUCUUAAACAUUAAAAACAAAGCAAGCAGGAUGCACAAACUAUUUAGUUUUCUAAACCUAGCUAGUGCUGGAAGAAAAAAAAAACGUUACACAGUUAGCACCACUUUAUAGUAUGGAGGCUAUGUUGCAUAAAUCUUUAUUAGCAUAGAUCUUAUUUAUAUACAGUAGGUCUUUAAACCUUUUGAUUCUCUCUGAACUGGUGUGACUCGGACUAAUGGCUGCUAGCGCUCCAGUAUACUUAUCUCAGAUGGCAUUAUGCUGUGACAGAGUGUGCAUCAGAGAUAAGUAAGUUCUAUUUCUCAGUGGCUUCUGUAUAUACAUAUAUGAAGGUUAAUUUUGUUUUUUUUUUUGAGUAAAUCUGGUGAGAGCAUCUCAUUGGUGGGUUUUUCCAGCUCUUUCUGUGUUGACAGCAUGUGCCCUAAGAGCAACGAAAAUAUGGGGGGAAAGACCAAAAAUGAUUCCCACUUUGUUAAAAAGUAAUGCAUUUGAAUGUUACAGAUAAAAUAGCUUUGUAUCUUUGAAAAAUCCCACAGUCAGGUUUAGUAUUUCAUGAUUAGCUGCUUUAUGAUUGCUAUGGAAGCCUGUUUCCGCCACUGAAUAAAAAAUAAAAAAGGUAAUUGUGACUUUUUAUCUCACAAUUCUGACUUUUUUUCUCAGAGUUGUAAGAUAUAAA